AUGCGGUUGAAGACUACGAUAGAUGCUAUCAAAUGGCUUACAUUUCAAGCUUGUGCAUUUAGAGGUUGUGAUGCAAGUCAUGAUUCUAAUAAUCAAGGGAAUGUUAUUGAAUUGAUAAAGCUCUUGGCAUCUUAUAAUGCGGAUGUGGCAGAUGUUGUGUUACAUAAAGCUCCUCAAAAUGCUUCAUACUACUCGCAUCGAAUUCAAAAAGAGAUUCUUAGUAUUUUCUUUGACAAAAUACAAAGAUUCAUUCAUGAGGAGAUUGAUGAAGGAAAAAUUUGCAUUAUAGUGGAUGGAGAUCGAGAUGAAUCAAAGAGGGAGAAAAUGGUCAUUGUUCUAAGAUUUGUUGAUAAAGAUGGUUUUAUAAAGGAGCAUUUUUUUGACAUAGUUCAUGUAUCGGAUACAACAUCAGCAACUUUGAAAGAAGAAAUAUGUAUUGUCCUAUCUUGUCAUAAUCUCAGUGUACAAAAUAUUUGUGAUCAAGGAUAUGAUGGUGCUAGUAAUAUGCGUGGAGAAUGGACUGGGUUGCAGGCCUUAUUUCUUCAUGACUGUCAUUUUGCGUAUUAUGUUCAUUGCUUUUCUCAUCGACUCCAAUUAGCAUUGCAUGAUCAGUUGAAAGUUGCUCAAGCUAAAGAAAUUGCAGCAAAACUUGCCAUUGAUAAAGUUGAAACUGUCUUAAGUAAUGCCAUCAAUGAUGGAGCCACCUCUACUCAACGUGCAGAUGCAGAUGGAGUUUAUGAUAAGAUUACAUCUUUUGAGUUUGUGUUUAUCUUACAUCUUAUGAGAGAUAUUAAUGAUGAUAUUUGCCAAGCUUCGCAACGUAAAUCCCAAGAUAUAUUGAAUGCAAUGCAUCUACUGUCAACUACAAAAGAACUUGUUCAAAAAUAUAGAGAAGAUGGAUGGAUUCCUUUAUUGGAGAAUGUUCAACUAUUUUGUGAAAAAUAUGACAUAGAUAUUCCUAAUAUGAGUGCUCGUUACACAUCUGAUAAAGGUCAUGCUUGUCACCAAAGAGAUCACACUACUAUUGAGCAUCAUUUUCGGGUUGAUAUUUUUACAAUUAUAUGUGAUUCUCAAUUGCAAGAAUUGAACAACAGAUUUAAAGAAGAUGUGAUGGAGUUUCUUAUUCUUAGCUUUGCUUUAGAUCCUAGGGAUGACUACUGUUUAUUAAAAAUUGAAGACAUAUGCAAGCUUGCAAAUAAAUUUUAUCCUAAUGACUUUACAGAGCAAGAAAUUCCAUGCAAAAUUGCGAGAUUGACAUCCUUAAACAUCUUGAGUUUUAGCAACUAUUGA